ACUAAAGCUGAUUUCAAUGCUCCGUUGACAUCCUUCGACUGGAAUGAAAUCGAUCCAACACUGGCUGUAACAUCAAGUAUCGAUACUACUUGUACCGUGUGGAAUGUAGAAACAAAACAAGCGAAAACACAAUUAAUUGCUCAUGAUAAAGAAGUUUAUGAUGUUGCGUUUGCAUCAGGCAGUAUGGACGUGUUUGCCAGUGUUGGUGCUGAUGGCAGUGUGAGGAUGUUCGAUUUGAGAAAUCUUGAACAUUCUACGAUCAUUUAUGAAACUGUUAACCCACAUCCAACACCCGCGAAUGCUCCGAACACAAAUCCACCUUCUCCUUUACUCAGAUUAUGUUUCAACAAAAUGGAACCUAGCUACUUGGCCACUUUUCAUAUGGAUUCUCCAGAUGUUCAAAUAUUAGAUAUAAGAGUUCCUGGUGUUCCUGUCGCAGAAUUAAGAGGUCAUUCAGCGACUGUCAAUUGUGUUAGUUGGGCACCAAAUAAUCAUGGAAUUCUAUGUAGUGGUGGCGAUGAUUCUCAGGUUCUUGUUUGGAAUAUUAAUGCUGUACAAAUAGGUGGCGUUGGCACCAAACCAUAUAAUAAUGAUCCUGUCUUAUCUUAUAAAGCCGAUAACGAAAUCAGUCAGUUAAGUUGGAGUUCUAGAUUUACAGAUUGGGUUGCAAUAGGAUUUG